CCCUAAGCCGAAAAAAGAGAUAGGAAAUUCACGAACUGGAUAUAUGCCAGCUCGAUAUGGGUAGAUUUUACCUGCCUUCUGAUAGUCUACCCAUUUUUAAAAGAGUUUCUUAAAUGUCCAAACAGGUAGCGGGUUUAUUUGAGUAAUGUUUAAUUUCAAUAUUGACUUUUUCAUAGCUUUUAAACUAUUUGACUGCUAAUAUGCAGUUCUGAUAUUAGCAACAAAACAGGGCACGAGGCAGGUUUUAUGCCUGUAUUGUUGGGAAAGUUUUCUUCACGUUAGGAUCUAAGUAUUCAAUGGAGAAUCCAAAAUCAGAACUUUCUGACGAAGCGUGCAUUGUGGAAUGCAAAAUAUGUUCAAAAUGGGCAACACGACCAAGAUGUUUACCGUGUGUACAUUCAUUUUGUGAGACAUGUUUACAAUCGUACAUUCAGAGGAAGGCCGAGGAGAAAACUCAUCUCGGUUCCACAGAUGAAGAGAAGUUGUUAACCUAUUAUCGAUGCCCUGUCUGCAACCACAAGGUUAAUGUUGCGGAUACUGAAAUUCCUUCCAGUGCCUGGCCUAAAUUACUUCCGUUAAACCGGCUUCUGAUCACAGUUGCCGAAAAACUCUCACUUGAGCGCGCCAAAUUUUGCGAUCCUUGUAAGAGAGGAGAUGAAGAAAAGGAAGCAGUUUCUUGGUGUCGAGAGUGUGGAGAGGCGUUAUGUGAUCAUUGUACAACGUAUCAUAAACGGGUCAAAAUGUUGAUGGACCAUGCGGUUUUUUCCUUAGAAGAGAUCCGCACGCAACCCAGAAAAAUUGCUGAAACUGAGGAAAUCUGUUCUCUACACCCCAGAAAGAAUGUAGAGGCCAUAUGUCACAAUCAUGACAAACUGUGCUGCAUGGACUGUGUUGCAUAUGAUCACAGUGAAUGCAAGAAAGUCAUGCCAAUAACAGACGCAGCGAAAGAAAUUAAGGGAAGUAAAGCCAUUACAAACUUAAUUAUCAAAUUGAAGCAAAUCGACAAUCAAGCCGUUUCCGUGAUAGAAAGUCGAUCUGCUAACGUGGAAGAACUGCAGAAGCAGCAAGAAACAAUUAUAUCUGAAAUUCAAAAACUAAGAGCGGAAAUUGCAAAGCACUUAGAAGAAAUGGAAGAACAGUUUAGACAGGAUUUUUCAAUCGUUCACAAGGCUCUACUGGAAAAGUUAGACAUUCAGAGUAGAGAAUUUGGAUACAUUCAUAAUGCCAUAAACAAUGGCCAAAAGGUACUAAACGUUUCUCUUUCCCAUGGAUCAAGUGAACAUGUAUAUAUUACCGCUCACAAACUAAAAAAGAUAGGUGAGGAACAUGAAAAGUUCAUCAAGACAGAAAGCAAGCACAUUUACCACCAUGACUAUAAACUGAAGCUCAAUGAAGCCGUAGAAGACUUAACUUCAAAAAUUCAUUCCAUUGCCAAAAUCAACAUUGAUAGAAUGCCUACAAACACAGUCCCAACAUUUAUGAAGGAUAUGGUUGCAACACAUCUUGGGGAUCUAAAUGGAAAAUCUCCAUCUGAUACCUUUCAUCCAUGGUUUACGGAUGGAAUCUUCCUUCCAAACGGCAAUUUGGUACUUGCAGACUUCAAGAACAAGAAAAUGAAGUGCUUCGACAAUCAAGACGUUCUUUUGACUGAACUUGCAUUGGAAUACCAGCCGUGGGGUGUUGCUCUCUUUGAACCAAAUGUCUUGGUCAUCACUAUGCCUGAUCGACCAGAAUUGAGAUUCAUAACAAUUAAAGAUGACAACAAAAUGGAACUUCGGGAAGACGUAAUGGAAACUAUAGCUGGAUGCCAUAGCAUUCACGUGGAAGAAGACAAACUCACAAUAGCAUGCUCAACAGAGGUUCGGGUCUUAUCCAAAGAGGGAAAAGUAGAAAAAAUAAUUGAAAUCAAAGACAGGGGGACACGCUAUGCACACAGAACGUCUGAUGGUACAUUUGCCUACACAAAUAAAAGUGCUAUAGUUUGUAUUAAGGAUAAUGCCGAAGUCAUGCAUUAUUCAGACAAAGAACUCCGUUCUCCACGUGGCUUUGCCGUGGAUAGAGAAGGGAAUUUCUACAUCUGUGGCAUGGACUCUAACAACAUUCAUCAAGUGCGUCCUAACGGUAGCCUAGUAAAGCUGCUACUUCAUUCAAAAAGUGGCAUCCGAAAUCCUUAUGCUAUUGAUUUUGAAGUCUCAACAAACCGAUUUUUUGUGACUCAGAUGGACUGUGAAAUUGUUAAAAUGUACCGACUGAUUACAAAUUGGUGAUAGUAACUACAAACUGCUGCUGCAAUGUUAAGUUGAUUAGCCAUGCUUAAUUACAAAAGUACUUCUUUGCCCGCUUACUUACCUACAUGUACAUGUAUUCUCACAACCCCCUUUUUGAGCACGGUCCACCAGCAAGAUUUCUCCACGCAUCCAUCUACAUCAUGUCCUUUUCAGUUUCUUUCCUAGUUGUUCUGAAUAUUCAACACUCUCUUGGUUUUUGUUCGAUCUCUUACUCUUUUGACUUUUGGGUUCCAGCAAAGUUGCUGCCUCAUGGUGUGGUCGAGGAUUGAGGAUUUACAAGACGGAAUGUGGGCCUUUGCCAAUCUCCAACUUCUCUGCUAGUAUACGGCUGUUUGCUGGUUUAUGUUAUGCUAGACAUCAGUCUUGUUUAUGGUGUUAAGACAGAAAAUUUGAAUGAUAAUAUACUAGUACAGGCAGACGUUGACAAAGGUCUAAUCAGUAUAUUUUUUUAUUGGUAACUGGUAAUCCUCUGAGAUUUGACUGAACAGUUUUAUCUUGACAAACCGUGGAAGAUAGUAUAAUAAGUGUGGUUUGUUGUAGUUUCCAUGGCAAAUUUUCAAUAUUUUAUGUCAGUCAACCUCUUUAUACCCAGUAUUAUCAUUUAUCUCAUAUCUUGGCAUUGAGAUAGCUGUUGUAUUCUGUUGCCAGAAAAUUUCAUCCUUUUUCAUCGGAAGCUUAAGUAAGCUUUAAUAACUCUGAUAUUGAUUCUUGACCCAUAUAAGCGUUUCCACAUAAGCCAUGUAUCGACUUGAAUGACAUGCUUUUGUGUACUUUUAUUCGUUGAUGUAAUACUCAAAUCAUUUCACCUUGUUAAUUCUCUUCCAAAUGGAGUAUUGUAAAAUUUUAAUGAAUUGAGUAGAAUUGUCAGCGGAACUUUAAAAUGCUCAAUAAAUCAAA